AAUAGAAAGGUCUCUAGGAGUGGGGCGGAGGUCUCGGUUUUCGCGGUGUCGGUGGACGAGACGCGGGGGCCAUUUUGUGAGGAGACGGAGACGGGGACGGAGAAGUAGUAGUAACCGUUGAAGACGCUAUCUGGAGCAGUAGUCCGUUUCUUUACCGCUGUCGGAUCGGGGAGGCGGAGAUUCAGAAUCCAACCUUUUCUCCCUCUCCCCACCGGGGCAGCAAGGCGAACCCCAUCCCUACUCACUGGAGCUCAGCUUUGAUUUUUAACCUCCCCUCCCUGCCCUUUCAAAACACACACACUCCCAUCCAAAAGCCUUAUUUUGUAAAGAAAUUUUAAACAUAAUGAUGCAACUUGGCGCGCACUGCGGCAAACUUGUAGGUGUUUUUUUUUAAAAAUUGUUUUCGAAAACGAGACCUGGAUUUGUGUAAUUUUUAAAAUUUCUAUUUCUAUUUUUUUUCUGCAGCAGUUGGGUUAGAGGAGGAGGAGCCUUUUAGCCUCUCAUAAACUGACCUCUCUACUUCCUCAUGUAUUUUUAAGAUUGAAAUGAUGAUGUGAAAAGGGCUUUGCUUGUCUGCUACUGAGAACUUUACCCUUGCGGUUUUUGUGGAAACUGCUUUUGGAAAGAGAAAAGAAAUAAAACUUUACUGACUUGACAUUUUUGCACCUCCCGUUUUUCUAAUCUGGGCUAUUUUUAUUUUUGUUUUUUUACAGUGAGAUUUUUUUGAUCUUCAGCUACAGUAAGUUAUUCCAAUUUUUUUUUUCAUUUUUCCUGACUUUCCGCUGAUUUCCUUUUUAUUGUUGUUACUAGUUACUAUUAUUAUUAUUUAUUAUUAUUAUUAUACUUAUGAUGGUGGUGAUGAUGAUGAUGAUAAUGGCACUGCUGAUUUUUAACCGGAUUAAAUCGAGUUUUUCUGAAUGUUCCUGAGCAUUUCUCCUACCUCCUGAUUGACUUGGGAGUUUUGCAACCUUGGAGAGAGAGCUGAGGCAUUAGCAUUUUUAAGUGGAUUGAUCCCAUAAACCUUUUCUCUCCCAACCCCACCCUCAUCCCCAUUCCCUUCCCCACACUCAAAGAAUUUGACUGGCUGCUUAAGUCUGUGACCUAAUUUUUCCUGAUCUAUAACUUAACUGUUUUAGAGCAUCUCUGGACGUCUGUAUUUUUAAUUUUUUUUAUUUUUAUUUUUUAUUUUUAAUCUUUCAUUUGUUACAUUUUUAAACUGUGCUGCAAUAAAAUGUGUGUGGUACUACUGAUCACCUAUGGUGGUGAUGGCAUUUUCCCAGAAAGCCAUCUUCUUCCUAUGCCCCUUGAAAUCCCCUCCUGCUCUUCAUGUACACUACCCCUCACAAACUACAAGCUGCGACACCAUGGAUACCCAGUCUGGAGCAGCAGCAGCCAGGAUCACCUGGAGCCAAAGGGGUUCUUCGGAACAGAUGCAAACCCAUCCUGGGUGAUGCUUGUGGCUGUUUGACCCUUGCCAUCAAACACCAUGGCCAGCAAUGUCACCAACAAGACUGACCCCCGUUCCAUGAACUCCCGUGUCUUCAUUGGGAAUCUCAACACUCUGGUUGUUAAGAAGACUGACGUCGAAGCCAUUUUCUCCAAGUAUGGCAAGAUUGUGGGCUGCUCCGUUCAUAAGGGUUUUGCCUUUGUUCAGUAUGUUAAUGAGCGAAAUGCCCGUGCUGCUGUGGCAGGAGAGGAUGGCAGAAUGAUUGCUGGCCAGGUGCUAGAUAUUAAUCUGGCUGCAGAGCCAAAAGUGAACCGAGGAAAAGCAGGUGUGAAGCGUUCUGCAGCGGAGAUGUACGGCUCUUCCUUUGACCUGGAUUAUGAUUUUCAACGAGAUUAUUAUGACAGGAUGUACAGUUACCCAGCCCGUGUACCACCUCCUCCUCCCAUUGCUCGUGCAGUGGUGCCCUCCAAACGCCAGCGUGUAUCAGGAAACACUUCCCGCAGAGGCAAAAGUGGCUUUAAUUCCAAGAGUGGGCAGCGGGGCUCUUCAUCCAAAUCUGGCAAAUUGAAAGGUGAUGAUCUUCAGACAAUUAAGAAGGAGUUGACCCAGAUAAAACAGAAAGUGGAUUCUUUAUUGGAGAGCCUGGAAAAAAUUGAGAAAGAACAAAGCAAACAAACAGUAGAGAUGAAGAAUGAUAAGUCAGAAGAGGAGCAGAGCAGCAGCUCCCUGAAGAAAGAUGAGACUAAUGUGAAGAUGGAGUCUGAGGGGGGUGCAGAUGACUCUGCUGAGGAGGGGGACCUACUGGAUGAUGAUGAUAAUGAAGAUCGGGGGGAUGACCAGCUGGAGUUGAUCAAGGAUGAUGAAAAAGAAGCUGAAGAAGGAGAGGAUGACAGAGACAGCGCCAAUGGCGAGGACGACUCUUAAGCACAUGUUGGGGUUUUAGAACUCUCGUCCCAUUAUUUCUUUACCUAGGCGCUUGUCUUUGAUCAAACUUUUCACCAGAUCCUCUCUUAGUAUCUUCCAGCACAUGUUCACUGUUGUACCCAACUUUAUCCUUCCCAUGUUCAUUAAUUCUGCCCUGCGCCUAGUCCCUUUGCCACUUCCUUCGAUUCUCCUAGUAGUUAUAUUAAGUCUCCUGUAAUUUUGCUCUUUUAAUUUUGAUACCUCUUUAUGACUUUAACAAUAAAAAGGAUGUAUGGUUUUUAUCAGCUGUCUCCAAAGGAAUCUCUUGUUAUGCAGGGAGUAAGCACAGUUCUCUGUUCCAUUCAAACAUGAGACUGGUAGCUACUUCCACAAGUGAAAAGGCAAUCUCAUUUAAUUCAGUUCCCUGUACCUGAGAACUUUGAGUGUCUUCUCCUACCUAGGAUUACAAUGUGGGGCUAAAAAAAUGUAACAGUGAUUUUUUUUUUUUUUUGUCAAUGACAGUUGUCAGAAAUGCAUAAAGAGGUACUUUCAGAA